UACCUUCUAUGUCGCGAAUUGCAAUGUUCGAGAUGGUAGCAUCAAAAACGAUGAAUCAGUGACCUGAGACAAACGAAUAACUUUGUGUAAACAAAACAUCAAAACAAAAGUUUGUAGAACUUAGAAUUCUGGGUGCACACACUGUUUGCAUUUAUAUACUUCGUUUCCUGUAAACAUGUCUUCUAAUCCAAUUUGGGUAACUGUGACGGAAAGUGUAUCGCGAGGUAUAGCUUUGUGCAAUGAACGUCUCACCGACGAUCACUACUCUCAUUUAAUCGAAUACUUAUUCCGGACAAUUGAUAGUCCGACCGAAAGCUGUACGACGGACAGCGAAUUCGAUAUGGAUAAACUGCAGCUGUCGUGUCAUUUGAAUGAACAAGAAUUCAAAUCGGUAUUGCAAACGAUGGCCUAUCUGGUCAAGCGGUCACUCAAGUACAUGUUGAAACCAUCGGCCAUGCAGAUUGACCUUCGCAACCGGCUUCUAUUGGACGAGGACAAAUGUAACAUCUUUGUAAAAUACUGGAUACAGUCCACAAAAAUAAUACUCGAUUCGCUGGAAACCGAACAUGAUGGGGAAAGCGGCGUUAGGUCCAAUCAGCUAGAGGACGUGUCGUGGAAGGUGCGAGCCCAACUUUCUUCGGAGCCCAGACAGAAAGACAAGUUAGCUCUCGGGCAACUUGAACUAACGACUAGCAACAAGGUUGUGAAUCUUGAGUUAAACAGCGAGGAAAUAGUACAUUUGUAUAAUCAGUUAGAACGUAUCCAAGUAGAACUCGAUUCGUUUAGUGUGAAAUGAUAAUACAGCAGAAAGUAACGAUUUGCGCGUUGGAAUCUUAGUAAGCUCAACAGUAUCAUGUUAGUUAUAUCAGGUUUUGAUAAAAAUUAAGUUAUAUUCAAUCUGAAAUUCGUUCCAAUACAAAAAAAAAACACAAAUUUCUGGAUAGUUCGAGAAUUAAUAGAAUAAAUGGAACCAAAAUAGGAAUGUGAGGAUUUUAAAAUACAAGAAAUAUUUGAAUUCCCAUAUGAUCUACAAUUACAUCGUGAUAAGCGUUGUUAGUCCAUUUGAUCUUUGAUCCAACGAAAUCGAUCUUUGUUCGAUAGUGGAAAUGAAUUUCCAAUAGAAAAAACGCACUCCUAUAUUUUCUAUUUAUAUAAAUGAAAAUUAUACGCCAAAUGUGUUGGCAAGCGCAAAACUCGAGGAAAGAAUUAUCCGAUUUGAGCUGUCUUUAUUUUAUUAUAUUUUCUGUAUCAAACGUGUAUUCCAUGUAACGGAGAAAUAUGUUGUUUGGAAGUAUCUUGAA